AUGCGUUACCUCCACAUCCUCGCUGCUUCGAUCGCAGCCAUCCUCCCCGUGGUCAGCGCCUACCCCAUCACCGGCGACACCGUCAACUGCCGCUCCGGCCCCGGAACCUCGCACGCCGUCGUCAAAUCCUACAAGAAGGGCGAGGACGUCAAGAUCGUCUGCCAGGCGCCCGGCACCGACGUCAAGGGCGAAAGCAUCUGGGACAAGACCUCCGACGGCUGCUACGUCGCAGACUACUACGUCAAGACUGGCACGACGGGCUACGUGACCAAGAAGUGCGACAGCGGCGGCGGGGGCUCGGGCUCGGGCUCGGGCCACGCGAUCGUCACUGCCGCGCAGUCGAAGGAAGGACUACCCUAUGUCUGGGGCGGCGGCGGCUGCAAGGGUCCCUCGGGCGGCGGGUUCGACUGCUCCGGGCUCACGCAGUAUGCGGUGUGCCAGGCGCUGGGGAAGACGAUUCCGCGCACGGCGCAGACGCAGUACGACUCGAAGAUGGGCCAGCGGGUGCCGCGGGCGCAGGCCAAGGAGGGCGAUCUGCUUUUCUGGGCUACUGGUGGUGAUUGCAAGAAUAAGGUUGCGCAUGUGGGCAUCUUCAUGCGGGAUGGGUGGAUGGUCAAUGCUGCGCGCACUGGGACGCCGGUUCGGGAGCAGGCGAUUUGGACUUCGUAUGGUGGCGAGUCGAUCUGUCCUUAUGUUGUGAGGUAUGAAUUGUUGGGGGUGUUGAAGUAG